AUGGUCUUCUAUGCAUACUCCAAAAGCAUCAAGGAUGACGUGCACUGGCGGUAUCUGAUCACUGCACCAAGUCUGGAAGUCAUGGAUGAGUGGUACCGAGCCAUGCAGAAAGCACUCCCGACCGGGGUCAUAACCCGACAGUCCCCCGAGUUCUACGUGCAUGAUCCAAGCAGAGUCGAUCUCGGAAGAUGCACCUGGACCGGCCAUAACAUAGUGCCCGAGUUCAUGAAUCGGAUGACCUUCGCCCUUCUGAAUAACGUCGACGGUCCCCUCUACCUGCCAUUCUAUAACGGACAUGUCUGCGACCAUCGUAGCGGAAAGUGCUUUUACAUUCGGUCGAAAAGCGAUCCGUCUGUGUUCUGGUUCGCAGACGCAAAUGGAAUACAUGCUGCUACGGGCAAGCGUAGUAGGUUCCGUAUCACUGGGAGAGAUACGGAUAAGGAUACGGUGUUGGUCAGAGGAGAUUCCAUUUCGAUCUCGCCUGUCGAUCAUAGGGAUCGUUUCGUGUCGGUUGCCGGCGAUGGGUUGCUCACUCUCGACUGGAGGGGUGAUGAUUUCAAAUUUGGUGAGUUUAAGUAUGGCUUUGCUUCUGAUGACUGGGAAGGGAGGGCGAGGGUUAGGAGAGUUAAUGAUGAUGGCGAAGAGUGGGAGCUGGUGUCCUAG